UGUUCUAAAAAUACGAAUACCAUUUUGUAAGGACUAAGGAGUAUAAACUAAACCACCCUUCUUAGCCACAUCUUUUCCCCAACCACCAAAAUAGUACAUACAAUUUCACAAUUUCUUGUCCAAAUUAAAUGGGAGGCUAUCUAAAUGUUGAAAGACCUUUCACCACCCCACCACCACCGCCAGCGUCGUCGCUUCCGCCUCAAAAGCCAAACAUCCCCAUGUUGUACUACGGUCUCGUGGUGGUAGCCACCGCAGCCAUCGUCCUAGCUUUCUACAACCUCAUCAUCGUCCGAUGGUGCACCAUCCAGUACCAGCGCCGCUCACAAGAAAACCAGCUCUCUCGCCGCCGGCGAAAUCCUACCAACACCAUGUCUCCACCGCUCUCCCGCGGUGGCUCCGCCAUAUGCUUAUUGUCAAGUUUCAAGUACAAGAAAGGAGAGGAAGGUAGUAAAAACCAGUUGGAUUCCGACACUGAAUGCUCCGUUUGCUUAUCGGUUUUUGAAGAUGGGGAAGAAGUGAGAAAAUUGCCGAUGUGUGAUCACUGUUUUCAUGUUUACUGUAUAGACAUGUGGUUGUACUCUCACACUGACUGUCCACUUUGCCGUGCUCCGGUGGUGGAACUGCCGCCUCCAACGCCGCCACCAGGAUGAAUUGAAAAAUGGAUAGAGAGGAACGCGUCGGCAUGUGGCUCCAUGUCCAUGUUUUAUUUCCAAGAUAGAAAUUACUAAAUGCAACAUAUAAUGUACAAACUUCAUUGCGUAAGGUAUUAUAUUGAAUUAAGGUGGCUGUUGGUUUUGUUGCUCGAA